AUGAAGCGAUUAAUGCUGUCAGUUUCGUACCGAAAUGGUGCAAAAGUAACCAAGCCAAGAAAAGCAAGUUCAUUCAAAGCACCUGUUGCGACCUCACUCUAUGACAAGGCCAGAGUAUUUCCAAAAUUUGAAAAAGCCCAAGAAUCGAUUGUUUCACCUGUGCUUCACGACUUGAAAUCGUAUAUCAAAGAAGGAAAUACACUCACUCUAGAAAAGUACUUCACAAGUCGCCAUUUCAAAUUCAAAGAAGGACUGGAAGAGCUGUCAAUGAACGCAUUGAAAGAUGCGAUUUCCUUGUUUAAUCCUAGAAGCCGGCCAAUUGUGGCUAUCGAUUGCGAAGCUUAUGAACGAGAGCAUCACAACAUUACAGAAAUAGGAAUAGCCAUACUCAGACCGGUACCAACUGCAGUACCUCAAAUUGACGCGGUUCACAUCAUCAUAAAGGAGCAUCUUCAUAAAAGGAACUCAAAAUAUGUGCCUGACAACAAGGAUCAGUUUUUGCAUGGGACUUCUUACAUGAUGAAAGAAAAGGAUGCAAUAAGCCUAUUGAAACAGGUGCUAGAUAAAUACAUUGUUAAACAAAACGGAGUAAUGGUUGGUCAUUCAAUAAGCUCAGAGAUAAAGUACUUUAAAAGUUUGGGGAUUGAGUUGCCAAACACUGUCAAAACAUUGGAUACUUUGAAGUUACACAAGAUUGGGAGAAGUAAUGGUGGCUCAUUGGGUGGAUGCCUCAAGCUCUUGGAUUUACCCUGCAGCUACUUGCACAAUGCUGGAAACGAUGCUUAUUACACGUUGUUGGUUGCCUUGUCAUACUGCGACCCAGUUGUCCGUGUUGUAAAAGAUUUAGACAUCUAUUCGUCGAGUCAGUUUACUGGAAAGUACCCACACGACAGCAUGACCGCAUUUGUUGAAGUUGAAGAUGUUUCUUUGUUAAAUUUGUAA